AUGAAGUUGACUCCCGUCCUGUUGGCCUUGUGUGCGUCUGGGUUGGCUGUUGCUCAGAAAGCCUGCCCAGGUUACCGAGCCAGCAAUGUCCAGCAGACUGCGAAUGGCUUGACAGCUGAUCUCAACCUCGCCGGCCCUGCUUGUAACCUUUACGGCACCGAUCUGCGAAACCUCACCCUGACUGUGGAGUAUCAAUCCGCUUCGAGGCUUCAUGUAAUCAUCGAGGAUCAGAACAAGACUGUCUAUCAAGUUCCUGAAUCCGUUCUUCCCCGCCCCAAUGCCACAGAAGGCACCACGGCCGCCAAUGCUCAGCUUGUGUUUGACUACACGGAGAACCCUUUCACCUUCUCUGUUUCUCGGCCUUCAGGAGAGGUUCUGUUCAACACGUCCGGAUCCCCCAUCGUCUUUGAGUCGCAGUAUCUGAGAUUGCGGACCUCUUUACCCAGCCACCCAAAUCUGUACGGACUUGGUGAACACUCGGAUCACUUCAAGCUGAAUACGUCCAAUUACACUAGGACUCUCUGGUCUCGCGAUGCCUAUGGCAUCCCCCAGGGCACCAAUUUGUACGGAAAUCAUCCAGUGUACAUUGAUCACCGAGGGUCAAAUGGCACACAUGGGGUGUUGUUCGUAAACUCCAAUGGUAUGGACAUCAAGAUCAAUGACACCGCCGGCCAAUACCUUGAAUACAACACCCUCGGAGGUGUCUUGGACUUCUACUUCCUCGCAGGGCCUUCCCCGAUUGAAGUCUCCCAGCAGAUCUCCGAAGUUGUGGGUAAACCCGCAAUGAUGGCGUAUUGGACCUUUGGAUUCCACCAAUGCAGAUAUGGGUACAAAGACGUCUGGGAGGUUGCAGAAGUUGUGCACAACUACAGCGCCGCCAACAUUCCCUUGGAGACCAUGUGGACGGACAUUGAUUAUAUGGAUGCGCGAAAAGUCUUCACUUUGGAUCCACAACGCUUCCCUCUGCGCAAGAUGCGCGAAUUGGUUUCUUAUCUGCACGCACAUCAGCAACAUUAUAUCGUCAUGGUCGACCCCGCAGUCGCAUAUCAGAACUACUCAGCGUUCAAUAACGGCAACAACUCGGGCGUCUUCAUGAAAAGAGCCGACGGGUCUCCAUUUGAGGGCGUUGUGUGGCCCGGCCCAACGGUCUUUCCAGAUUGGUUCCAUCCAGAUACCCAAGACUACUGGAACGCGGAGUUUGCGUCGUUCUUCAGCCCGGAGACUGGGGUCGAUAUCUCGGGACUCUGGAUCGAUAUGAACGAAGCCUCAAACUUUUGUAACUAUCCAUGCUCCGACCCCAGCGCAUUUGCCAGAGAGAUGGGGUUCCCUCCCAAGCCAGCGGCACUGCGAACUGGUCCAGCAAUCGCCCUUCCGGGAUUUCCAGCUGAUUUCCCGCAGCCAACAUCAAAUGCAAAGCGACAAGCACCGGCGACGGGUAACAAGCUAGGCCUUCCCGGCAGAAAGCUCAUCAACCCUCCUUACAUGAUCCAGAAUGCUGCCGGUAGUCUGUCAAACAAGACAUUGGACACGGACCUCGUUCACUUCAAUGGCCUUGUAGAGUACGACACUCACAACAUAUACGGGACCAUGAUGUCGUCGGCUUCCCGCAAUGCACUUCUCCAUCGGCGUCCAGAUGAGCGACCCCUGGUCAUCACUCGCAGCACCUUCCUUGGCGCCGGUGCUCAUGUCGGCCACUGGACAGGGGACAACCAAGCCACCUGGGCCCAGUACGGGAUCAGUAUCGCGGACAUGUUGAACUUUGCCUCCAUCUUCCAAGUGCCCAUGGUCGGAAGCGAUGUCUGCGGUUUUGGUGGUGGAUAUACCACCGAGACUUUGUGCGCCCGCUGGAUGAUGUUGGGGGCUUUUCAGACGUUCUAUCGCAACCACAAUGAGCUCGGAAAGCCUCCUCAAGAAGCAUACCGCUGGCCGCUCACUGCUCAGGCAUCAAGAAAUGCGAUUGAUAUUCGCUAUCGUGCUCUCGACUACCUUUAUACUGCCUUCUGGACCCAGACACAGACCGGCAAACCUGUUUUGAACCCCAUGUUCUACCUCUAUCCUGAAGAUGCAAAGACUUUUGGAGUCGACGCCCAAUUCUUCUUUGGGGAUUCGUUGUUGGUCUCUCCUGUAACGGCGGAGAACAAGACGACUGUGCGUAUUUAUUUGCCUGAUGAUGUGUUCUACGACUGGAACCAUGAUUUCAUCCCAGUGCGAGGUAAUGAGUCGAUGAUUACCUUGAACAACGUCAACUACACGACCAUCCCGCUCCAUGUUCGUGGCGGCGCAAUCCUCCCUCUUCGGGUGGAGAGUGCAAACACGACAGCAGAGCUGCGAAAGAAAGGGUUCCAUCUCCUGAUUGCACCUGGUACGGACGGGGCGGCUAAGGGAUCGCUCUACAUUGAUGACGGGCUCAAGAUUGAACAACCUAGCACCACAUUUGUUAACUUCACAUACACCAAUGGGGCUUUCUCCAUGUCCGGCGACUAUGCUAUCCAGUCAAUCCUCAAUAUCGAUGGCGCUCCGAACUCGACCUUUUCGUAUGACAAGGCAACGAUGGCCGUCACAAUCAACACCAGUAUCCCAUUGACCCAGGACCUUAGUUUCCAACUACCGGCAUCCCAGGUCUAA